GCCCAGAGAGGCCAUUUCGCCUACGUCGUCAAUUGGUUCUUAGCUGUCUGUCGCAUGCAAGAUGUUGAGGUGAUUUGGAAUAUUAGCAGUGGGGAUUCUGUGGGGUUAGUGAGGUGAAAUCAGCUUGGUGUGAGUGACACAGUGGUUAGAGGACCAGUGAUAGCGGUCGGUGGAAUGAAUGAUGUCGGAUCUGCGGGGGCUUCUUGGUGUCUCUGGUGGGUCAAGCCACAUCCUCGAGGCUAUAGGACCUCCCGUCAUAGCCCAGCCUGCCUCUCCCCAGCAGCUCUGAUUGGAGCCUCCAGAUGCUCACGCAGCUUCAGGCUCCUGGGAAAAGUGGAGUUGUCUGCAAGAAAGACCACGAGUUGAAGCCCAGAGGGGACAUGCCUGCUGAUGUGAAUUUGUCCCAGAAGCCCCAGAUCCUGGGUCCAGAGGAGCAGGAUGGAUCAUGUGAGGGUAUGUUGUUACAGGGACCAGUGUCAUUUGAGGACGUGACCAUACACUUUAGCAGGGAGGAGUGGCAGCAUCUGGACCCUGCCCAGAGACGCCUGUACCAGGAUGUGAUGCUAGAGAUCUAUAGCCACCUCUUCUCCGUGGAGUAUCACAUUCCCAACCCAGAGGUCAUUUUCAGGAUGGAAAAAGAAAAGGAGCUGUGGCUGGGGGAGGCUGAACUCUCACAUCAGAGGCAUCCGGAAGAGGAGUCUGGGCUUGAAACCCAACAACAAGAAAUUUCUGAAAAAGCUUCAUUUCAUAAUGAUAUGGCGGGCAAAGUCACAAGAAAUGGUUCUUGGUGUUCCAUUUUAGAAGAACUGUGGAAAGAUGCUGACCAUACAGAGAGAGACCAGCAAAAUCAAAAUAAACCUUUGCAUCGUAGGGCCUUCCUCAAUAAGAAAAAUUUAAAUACAGAGAAAGACUAUGAAUAUAAGGACCCUGGGGAAAUCAUUCAUGUAAGGCCCCACCUUGUUUCUUCACAAAAAAGACCUCACAAACAUUGUUUGUUUGCAAAAAGUUUGAAGUCUAACCUAGAAGUAAAUCAUCAAAAUCAAAGCAAUACCACAAAACACCUUGAUGAGAUUGUUGGAUCUGGUCAGCUAUUCACCCAUGUCUCUCCCAUUGCUAGCUGCAAGAAUAUUCACAGUGCUAGCUGCGAAGGUAAUCAAUAUACAAAAGUCCUCAGCUAUAAACAGUCACUCACACAAAAUCAAAUUCAUACUCGGGAAAAACCAGAUAAAUGUACUGAAUGUGGGAGGGACUUUACCCAGAAGUUACACCUCCUUAGGCAACAGAGAUUCCAUAGUGUAGAAAACCUCCAGGAAUGCAGCAAAUGUGGAAAAGCCUUCACUCCACAAUCAAAACUCAGUGUACAUAUGACAGACCCUACAGUUAACAUACCUUAUAUAUGUAGGGAAUGUGGAAAAGUCUUCAUUCAGAGGUCAGAAUUGAUUACACACCAGAAAACUCACACUAGAAAGAAGCUCCACAAAUGCCAUGAAUGUGGAAAAGCCUUUUUCCAGAUGCUAUCUCUAUUGAGACAUCAGAGAACUCAUACUAGAGAAAAGCUCUACAAAUGCAGUGAAUGUGGGAAAGGCUUCUCCCAGAAUUCGACCCUCAUUACACAUCAGAAAAUUCAUACUGGUGAGCGGCAGUACGCAUGCAGCGAAUGUGGGAAGGCCUUCACCCAGAAGUCAACACUCAGCUUACACCAGAGAAUUCAUUCAGGGGAGAAAUCCUAUGUGUGUAUUGAAUGUGGGCAAGCCUUCAUCCAGAAGGCACACCUGAUUGUGCAUCAAAGAAGUCACACAGGAGAAAAACCUUAUCAGUGCCACAGCUGUGGGAAAUCUUUCAUUUCCAAGUCACAACUCGAUAUACAUCAUCGAAUUCAUACUGGGGAGAAACCUUAUGAAUGUAGUUACUGUGGGAAAACUUUCACCCAAAAGUCACACCUCAAUAUACACCAGAAAAUUCAUACUGGAGAAAGACACCACGUGUGCAGUGAAUGUGGGAAAGCCUUCAAUCAGAAGUCAAUACUCAGCAUGCAUCAGAGAAUUCACACUGGAGAGAAGCCUUACAAAUGCAGUGACUGUGGGAAAGCCUUCACUUCCAAGUCACAAUUCAAAGAACAUCAGCGAAUUCACACUGGAGAGAAACCCUACAUAUGCACUGAAUGUGGGAAGGCUUUCAACGGUAGGUCAAAUUUCCAUAAACAUCAGAUGACUCAUACUAGAGAAAGAACUUUUGCCUGUUACACAUGUGGGAAUGCCUUCAUCCAGAAAUCAGAGUUGAUUACACAUCAGAGAACUCAUAUUGGAGAGAAACCUUAUGAAUGCUGUGUCUGUGGGAAAUCCUUCAGUAAGAAACCACAACUCAAAGUGCAUCAACGAAUUCACACAGGAGAGAGACCCUAUGUAUGUUCUAAAUGUGGGAAGGCCUUCAACAACAGGUCAAAUUUUAACAAACACCAAACAACUCAUACCAGAGACAAAUCUUACAAAAGCAGUUAUUCCGUGAACGACUUUACCUAGAAAUGAAUACCUAGUAUGCAUUCAUGUAUACAUAAAUGAAACAAACUCUGCAUUUCUUGAAGAAAAAAAUCUCUUAAGAGUCAGAUUUAAUUGUAUAUCAUAGAAUUCAUGCUUUAGAAAAGCUCUAGGAAUGUAUUGCAUAUCACAAAGUUACACGUUGUUUUAUGCGAGUAAAAUCACUCAGAAAAAAACUUUCAAGGAUGAGUGAAAUUGUCCACAUUUGUACUACCCUUGUAAAGGAUUAUAAAAUUCAUCUGGGGAAGAAACCCUGGCAAAUAUAUUGAGAAAAGUGUUUGUAUGGAAAGUGGUACAAAACAGAUUGUUACCAGGUUAUUUAUAAGAAAGUUUGUAGGAAAUUAUAUUAAUGAUAACCCCGUUUGAUAGGGGAGAUCAAUAUUUUUAAAGUGCCAGCAAACUGAAUUAUGACAGCACAAUAUUAUGUAUGUAUAGAUAUUUAUAUGGUCAGGUCAAUAUAUAUAGUCCAUAUUUGUACUAUAAUAUAUAUGUAAUGUAUAUAUGCGCACACACACACACACACACACACACACACACCCUCAGUUCUGUAGUGUUUGCUACAGAAUCUACUGCAGAACAGGAGGUGUGGAUUAUAUAUUUUUAAAAGAAUGUAAUUGUAUUUAUCAAAUUUAUUCCCUACUACUUGAUAUUUAAAUCCUAAGAUUGCACAGUCAAUAAUUAUUCAUUUCUUUAUGUAUACAGACACAUGAAUGUACAUUUCUGGUAAAUGCAUAAAUGUUACUCUGUAGUGUAUACUGGUCUUCAUGGUGUAGUUUUUGUUGUUGUUUUUUCCUUUGUUCAUGAUUAGCUUAGCCCUACCCACCCCUUUUCUUUUCACCUCCACCAUCUAUGGUGAGCCUCUCCGUAAAUAAAUAACCAGUGUCAACCUUUUAGUAUGGAUUCUUUCUUAUUUUUAAGUAGGUUCCUGUCAUAUACACCAAGAGUCAGCAAACUGUGGCCUUCAGCCCAAUCUGAUCGGCCAUCUGUUUUCUUAAAUAAAGUUUUAUCGGAACAUA